UCCAGGGCUCGGAAGCGAGAAUUAUUGUCACGGGUCCGCACUCGACCCACUGUGCAGCUUUUUCUGUUUCCGAUGCGUAUUUCAGCACAUAUCCAUGUGCUUAUGAGCUGCCUUCUGCAUGCAUCAUUCCUCAUCAGCGUCGUUUAAAUGCCACCGAGACGGAGACCAGCGAAGUGGAGCUGCGUGUCUCCUCCAGCGGGCGCACUCAGGCCUGGAUGAAUGUCCCUGCAACAGAAUUUCUGGAACUCACUCUAACCUGCGACUUCUACAAGAAAAGCAGCGGGGAGAAGAUCUCAAGUAAAGAUAUGGGGAUCUUCUGGAAGAAGGAUGGCGUGUACCUAGGGAUUACAUCGAGAACCAUCCAGCCGUCGUCUUUGAAAGUCACCACCCAGCACCGACUUCUGCCCGCAAACCAAACACAUAAGGACAUGAUGCCACUCCGACAAGGGACGUACUCGUGUGAGACGUGGAGUCGUCUCGGCACAGACACCAGCAAAAGCAAUGAAAUCUUACUCACGCUCAGUGAAUGGGAUACAUUCAUCUUGACUGUCGUCACUAAUGAUUCAACUGCAGACCCAGUGAGACGGCUCAACAACUCUCGGCACAUAUAUGAAUCAGAAUCUCAUGCUCUAAAUCGUUCGCUGUAUGAUCUCAUCGGAAUUGAGCGCCUUUCCUCAUCUAGAUCUUUACGCAUGUCCUACAAAUUUCACCUCUACUACAUUAAAUCUGGCGAUGAUGAUCAUGUAUUGGGUGGCAUAAUGACACGGUUGAAUAAUAGGCUAAGGAAACAUUUUCUAGUUGGAUCGUCCUUAAAACUAGCCACAACAUGUACACCCUUUGGCAAUAUCAAUACCUGGCCGUCGUCACAAGCAGGAGCGGUCCAUCCAGAAAGAAUGCAGUGCCAGUCAGGGGAAGGAUGGCCCACUCCAUGGAAAUGUGUUCCAGACUUCAACCAAGGAGCUCGGUUAACUCUCAACCAUUGUGAUCCUUGCCCAAGAGGAUAUACUAACGUCAUGAGUGAUCUCUGUGUGGCGGUCGUGGAAUCGGCUUCAUGGUCUCGAGCAUUUGGAAAAGCGUAUGUUACAGGCAAAGAGCAUGACAUCGUUGGCGCCGAGUUCGAGAUCACUAAUAAAUCAGAGUUUUAUGACUCAAUAAAAAAGAUAUUGCACGACAAUACGGGUCAAACUUCUUCCUGGGUGUCAUUGAAAAGAAUGAACAAAUUCGGUCCGUUGGUUUCAAUGCAGCCAACAAGAUUUGGUGAAGACCACAUAACAAAUUUGUCAUGGGCUCCAGGGCAUCCAAUACUUCGAAAGGAAUGUACGGGUGUGGAUGUGGUUUCUAAGAAGUUUUUUAGCCAUUCGUGUAGCGAGUCUCUUCCGUACCUAACUGUGGUGAAUAUUAAAGAACUCAUAGAUGGUCUCGCAUCACAGCGUACCGCAGAAGAACUAGGAUUAGUUACUAGGUCUUCUCGAUGCAAUAGACUCCAUGGACACGCUUUCGCUUCAGCAUACGACACGGAUGAUUUUACGUGCAUAAUUAAAUUGAACGUAACACCGUCUAGUUACGAAGAUGCUCAAAUGAAAUGUAAAACAAUUGGAGCACUACCCCAACCUGCAAUUGGAUUCAUGAACUGGAUCUACAAAAAACUCCAAAUUGACUAUAACAUUCAGUUUCUGUACGUGUUAUAUGAAGAUUCGACUUAUAGGGACGACGGCCUUAAUCUCAGCAGCAGUUUUAACGGCGCUCCUGGACUCUUAUGUGAAACGAGAGAGCUGAUGAAACAGAGGCAACAACUCACACUUUCUUUAUCCAGAGAAGACCGUCCCGUGGUAACGUUUGCCAACAUACGCGAUCUUAAGAAUGGUUCAUUAAGGUGCUACGCAAAUGGAUUCCGGACACCUGUUAACUUUUCAGCCGAGCAAGGGGUUGCUACUAUUCAAGUCUCCAAAUUUGCUGAGUACGGCUAUUUCAACUGUUAUGUUUUGACCGAAAACCCUACAAGGUUGAUAAAAUCCAACACUAUCCUUAAGCCAUACCCGCGCAACGAGUCUGCAUUUGCAGUAGUAGUAAACAUUUUAGUUCCUUAUGAAGCAGUCAAAGACGACAACACUUUCGUCGUCGAGCCGCGCCACGAUAGCUGUCUGGCCCAGAUUUUGAGACAGGAUUUGAAGCUGAACAUGUCUAUUAGCCAAAAAUUUUUUGGCCCCGGUGAAUUCAGUGCCGAAAAUUUUGAACACGUGCAUCUCAUUAUUGGAAAUUCAUCGCAACACUUCAUGAAGGAUCACUCGGAUUUAUUUAAACUUCUUCUAAAAAUUACAAAUGGACAUCAAAACUGCAGUGUUGUGGAAGUCCGUCCAACAACAGGAUGUCCCAAACAUGUAUAUUUAGAAUCCAUUUCUGGACAAAAUUUGAGUUUCAAGGAAACCAUGAACUCGGGUGAGUUCAUUCCCGUAGAAAUUUGUGUCGACAAGAGAGGUGGUCCGGUCACUCGAACUUGCCUUGGAGACUUCAUAGAAGGCUAUUUCUGGAGUGAUGAUUUGUCUGGAGACUGUACAGGAUCACCUUCAACGAUAACCAGACAACUUAACGACAUAAGGAAUAACAUUACGCCGUACACAAUCGCCAACUUGUCAGAUUUAACUAGAAACUCUUCUGAAAUUCAGCCCGUAGAUGUAUAUCUAAUUACCCUAGCGCUACAGCGCGUCGCUCACCACCGCCCCCAAAACUCAAGCUAUCCAGAAGAACUCGGUCUAGAAGACUUAGUGUCAACCGUGAAUAAUGUCUUAACUGCUCCUUUAAAAAUUUUCCAAGGCUUACAUGAAACUUUAAACGCAACUAAUAUUUUGUUGGAGUCGUUAGAAGAACUGACGUUUAGAGCCCUUGGUGAUAAUGUAGGGGAUUAUAAGUUUGCAGAGUCAAUUGGGCCGUCGGUUUCAGCGGCAAGUUUUGCACUGUUCCACAACUCGUCCAUAAUUGGAUACAUGAAAGGAGACGGCAAUAAAAGUGAAACUGGUGUUCUUAGAUCAAGUUCCAAUACGAGUACAGAUUAUGGAGUAGAGGUAAAAAUUAUUUUGCCUGACAACCUUACGAGUCGGGUCGUGAACGAGCUCGGAACUGACAGCGUUCAACUGGCAUUUCUAGUUUAUCGAGACGACAAACUUUUUGUAGAGGAAAAAUAUCCGGAUUUCAAUUACACAAUCAAUAGCUACGUGAUGCAGGCCUCGUUUAAGAACCAUCCCGUGAUUAACCUGGAGCAUCCGGUGGAGAUUUCAUUCAAACCACUUUAUGGAAGGAAAGAUACGGUCUGCGUGUUUUGGGAUUUUGAAAAAAAUGAGAGGAAGGGAGGUUGGUCGCAGGAUGGAUGUAUCAAGUCAAACGAAAGUGGAAGCCUCAUUACCUGUUCAUGCAAUCACCUUACUAGCUUUGCGCUUCUUAUAAACUAUGAAAACAAAACGCCUAACGAAAAACAUGCCAUAAUAUUGUCAUAUAUCACAACAGUCGGUGUAAAGUUCUCCAUUUUUGGAUUGCUAAUGGUUUUUCUGACCUUCAUUUUGUUCCAGGAAUGGCGCAAAAAAUUGACGAACAAAAUCCUUAUAAAUUUGGCGACUGCAGUGUUUUUUAGCAUGGUGAUAUUUCUAGCAGGCAUCAAUCAAACCCAAGACUUGACACUUUGCCGAUUCGUGGCCGUGUCUCUGCAUUAUUUCAUUCUCGCCUCGUUUGGAUGGAUGCUAGUUGAAGGAAUCCACCAUUACCUUGUUUUCGUGAAAGUCUUCGAUACGUACAUACCGAAAUUUAUUUGGAAAGCUUCCAUUUGUGCUUGGGGUCUCCCCUUUAUCCCCAUCCUGGGGUUGCUUGUUUACGACAGCGCUCUGUACGACAGUCGUGACCAGUACAGCACAGGGACUCUCAUCUGUUGGAUAUCCCCAUUGGGGUUCAGGUAUGCCUUCCUUCCUCCCCUCGUGCUUAUCCUUGCCAUUAAUCUGGUACUCUACAUCAGAAUAAUCAACGGAACUGCGUGCAAGAGACCCAAAUUACAAUCGAACAAAUCUGACACAAAUCUCAAGCUCAACCAGCUGAGUAUGGCCAUAACGGUCUUCUUCUUAUUGGGAUUCACAUGGAUAUUCGGCCUCCUGACCAUAACUGGUAAAGGAGAAGUUUUCGCAUACUUUUUCACGAUCUUCAACACUCUGCAAGGAUUCUUCAUCUUCGUGUUCCACGUCUGCCAAAUCGGUUCAGUUCGACGUCAAUGGUCGACUUACUUCGAUGUUGUGACUUGUGACAUUCCAUUCCCCUUUCACAUCUUCGAUCGCUGCCAUCGUCAGUUCCUCCUCCCCAUCGCCGACCGCCGACAUCGUCAGUUUCACCUCCCCAUCGCCGACCGCCGACAUCGUCAGUUCCCCCUUUACAUCUUCGUCAGCAGACACCCUGUCACACUCGCCGCUAGCUGAAGUAGCACUUUGAGGAGGAGGAAUUUAACAAAUGUAACAGCAUUGAGAACUCCUGAGCACCAGCCUUUUACUUUCGGUGACCAGGUCUCACAAUGCGAACUACAAAGAAAACGGUUUACGAAUAAGAAAACAAAAGGUUAAGGAGAGAAGCUGAUGGAAGACAACGAGUCCAGCAUUCUUGAAUACGAACUUGCAGUGAAACUACUUCGUUAGAUCCAGAAUUAUACAAAGAAGAUGAGACGCUUAAGACAUGCCUGAUAACCUCUGCGGUUUGUUCACUUACUAUAAAGCCGAUUUCGAAAAACCUUCCCACGUAAACUCAUCUUGAGUUUUGAUUAAAAUAAGUGCGAGAGUUUUAGGAGACAUCUUCUGUUAUUAUUUAGCUUAAAGGCAUUCAAUGAGCAACGUUCAACUCGUAAUAAUAUGAUAUUAUAAAAACUUUUAACCUUAAUGCUUGUCAAAAUUUAGCAAACUAAAAGACUUCCUAUGUUUAAUGGGAUCUCCUACCUCCUCUUUAUGAACUUCAAUCUGAAUAUAUUGCGCUUUUUAAAUGAUUUUUUUUCUUGUGUUGCAUUAGGCGGUUUUAUUAUUUCAACCUGCCAUAACCUCUCACGAACGCUGGAGAGGCUGGAAGGUAAAUGAGGUGUGUCAGUUGCCUAGGAAAAGGAUGACUUAGCUUCUAAGUAAGGUAGAAAAGGAGGUCUGUACACUAGGAGAAUUAAGUCAGAUCUUUUCUAGGCAUAUCAAACAGCAAUUGUCUUACGAGAGGAUCGAUGUGAAAUAAAUCGAAAGCCAUCAAUGUGCGAAUAUUCAAUAAAUUUUAAUCUAAAUUCUGUUACUUGAAUAAUUGUCUAUUAGUUAGACGAAUAAUCUUUUGAAAGAAUAGAUUGAGCGCCUUUCCUCAUCGAUUCAAUUAAUAAAAGUAAGGUGAUGAAAUUGAAUCAAAUAAAACUAAGAUUGUUUCUCCACGCCCCAAUGCGUGUUUGAUAUUAAAUAUUAUCAAUAUAUUUUAUGUUAAUGACUGUAUGGAAUGAAUUAUUGUGCUAUUAUUAUUAGUAUUUGCCACUAAUUAUUGGAUUAAUAUUUGUGUGUUCUACACAUUCAUUGAGCUAUUAUUAUUUUGAAAGUAGACUUUUAAUGAGUCA